GCGGUCUCUUUAAUGAAGGGGUGGCUUUGCUGCCCUGUUGCCGUGGGGAAAGGAAGGGUUAAAAUUUUCAGCCGCCGACAUUUUUACUGUGUGGCUCGCCCGGCUUCUUCAAAAGCGAAAUGCAUUUCAAGCGAAUAAACGCUUCUGGUUACGAACCAGUGUCUAGAUGUGCGUUGGUUGCCGUGUAGUAGAAACGGAUGCCUGGUCUUUCCCCCCAACAGACUUGUAGCGUAACCUCAUGUGCAUUUAAAUGCUGUGUCUUCAAACAACUAAAACGGGCUCUGCAGGGCAGCGCCUGAAAAAGAAGUAAAAGGGUUAAGCGUUCAUCUUCUGAAUAUGUUCCCUUAAAUCUAAGCAGAGAUUAUCGUGGCGCGAUUGGUCUUUUUGCAAUUGCUUAUUCUUUGACAGGAGUGGCAGCAGUCAUGUUCUCAUGUCUCUGUGUAAAGCACAAAACGAAUAAAGGCCCCGGUGCAUUAAAGGCAACCGCUACAAAAUUUAAGUUUGCUAUACUUGGAGGAGACACAGUCCCAACACUGGUGAUCCCUUUGGUUUUUUUUUUUUUUUUUUUUUUUUUUUUAAAACAUGUCUGUUCGGGAGUCAUUUAACCCCGAGAGCUAUGAACUUGACAAGAGCUUCCGAUUAACUCGUUUCACUGAAUUAAAAGGCACAGGUUGUAAGGUACCACAAGAUGUUUUACAAAAAUUGCUUGAAUCUCUGCAAGAAAACCAUUUUCAAGAUGAUGAGCAGUUUCUUGGAGCAGUUAUGCCACGUCUUGGUAUUGGAAUGGAUACAUGUGUCAUUCCCCUUAGACAUGGUGGCCUUUCUUUGGUUCAGACAACAGACUACAUUUAUCCAAUUGUUGAUGAUCCUUAUAUGAUGGGUCGUAUUGCCUGUGCAAAUGUUCUAAGUGACCUUUAUGCUAUGGGGGUAACAGAAUGUGACAACAUGUUAAUGCUUCUUGGGAUAAGUAAUAAGAUGUCUGAUAAGGAAAGAGAUAAGAUAAUGCCUUUGAUAAUCCAAGGGUAUAAGGAUGCUGCAGAAGAGGCAGGCACUUCAGUUACAGGAGGCCAGACUGUUUUAAACCCAUGGAUUGUACUUGGUGGAGUAGCAACUACAGUAUGUCAACCCAAUGAGUUUAUAAUGCCAGACAAUGCUGUUCCAGGAGAUGUUCUUGUUUUAACAAAACCCUUAGGGACACAAGUAGCUGUUGCUGUACAUCAAUGGUUGGAUAUUCCUGAAAAAUGGAAUAAAAUCAAAUUGGUGGUAACGCAAGAGGAUGUGGAGUUGGCAUACCAAGAAGCCAUGAUGAAUAUGGCUAGACUCAACAGAACAGCGGCCGGCUUAAUGCACACUUUCAAUGCCCAUGCAGCUACAGAUAUUACAGGGUUUGGAAUCUUAGGGCAUGCACAAAACUUGGCUCGACAGCAGAGAAAUGAAGUGUCAUUUGUCAUCCAUAAUCUUCCUGUGCUAGCGAAGAUGGCAGCUGUAAGCAAGGCAUGUGGAAAUAUGUUUGGUUUAAUGCACGGGACAUGUCCAGAGACAUCCGGUGGCUUAUUGAUUUGUUUACCUCGUGAACAAGCAGCUCGAUUUUGCGCUGAAAUAAAGUCUCCAAAAUAUGGCGAAGGACAUCAGGCCUGGAUAAUUGGAAUUGUAGAAAAAGGCAACCGCACAGCCAGAAUUAUUGACAAGCCACGGAUUAUUGAAGUAGCUCCACAAGUUGCAACACAGAAUGUCAAUCCAACUCCAGGUGCCACAUCUUAAUUUAGGAAAAUAAAAUCUGUCCAUUUUUAGUUAGGUAUAUAUUCUAGCACCACUCUAGAGUAUAAGAAUCUUACUAUAUUAUUUUGUAUCAUACCUGCCCAAUUUUUGGCCUUAGGGUGGCUUGUGUAUGCAUACAAUGUGUUUAAAAGAAGUCCAUUGCCUUUAUUUUUUUCUGUUACAUUAACUGAAGAUGCACCUAAUCUUAAGGCAGCUUCUAAGUUGAGAAUAAUAUUAUCCAAUACUGUUGAUUCAUUUUGAAUCUUUAGACGUGUCGUCUAUUGCCACAUAGGCUCUUUUUAAAGGUGCUUAAAAAUGGCACACAUUACCAACAAGUAGCGUGAUAGCGUUUUUGUUUGUCCGUUUACUAUUUGUACAGUUAACCCUUAGACUAGUGUACAACACAUUUCAAAUGCCUUGAAAGAUGAAUGGAUUUUUAAUUUACAGAUGAGAAGAGAAACCUAACUCUAAUUGUUGCAUGUUGUCACCUUCAGUUUUCUGUGGGUUCCUUUGUAAUUCAGAAGCAUUACUUUUCUUACAUUUUGUGAAACAGCACAUUUGACAGUGCUGGCUAUGUCCUAAAGUGUUAAUGUUGCAUGGUAGUCAUCUGUGUGGAAGGAAGAAUUCUUGCAAGCUCACUUUUGUACAGUAUCACAACACUUCCUUUAUUUGCAGUUUUUGUUAUUCUGCACGGAUGAUCACUUAAGAAGUCUGAAUAAAUUUGCUAUAGAAAGGGUGCAGACUAAGUCAGUGACUACAGUAAAAAAAAAAAAAAAAAAAAAGUAAUUGUUUAUUAAGUACAUGACACAUUUUAAAUAUUAUAUAUAAUAAUGAUCUAUUCUGUGGAUGGUAGUGUAUUACUUUUUAUAUUUUGUAUAGUAAUAAUAGACUUCAUUUUAUUUUCAUAAAUACAUGAAUUUGUUUAAUAUGUUUCAUAGCUUGCAUCCCCUUAUUUUGCAAAACUUAAAUAGUGUGCACGCUUUUGUGAUCUAUGUACAAUUUGCCAAGAAUACUACUUGAGGUACAAACUCAUCCCCAUAAUUGUUUCAUUUUUUUAUUGCUCUUAUGUAAUAAGAUGCACUUGUGUUUUUGUAUAAUACUUGCCAAUUUCCUGUUUUCAUUAUAUUUUAUAUUUCCAUUUCAUAGCACAUCUACAUAUUGAUCUUUGAAAGAUGUUUUUAUCACAACAUUGUGUCCUGUUAUGUGGCUAGUUUUAUAAAGGUAUAUUUGUCACAGAGGUUCUUGACUGUACAGAGUAUUAAUCAGUAUUGAACUCCAUUAUGUACAUAGACAUAAUUAUGACUAAGGAAGUUGUCUGCUUAAUUCUGGUCAUGUCUAAACUUGUCAUACAACGUCUUUAAAAUCUCUCAAACAACUGUACUGUAAUUUGUAUUAAAAAAAAAAACAAACAAAAAAAAACAACAGCAACACCACCUGAUCUGGCUAUCUUGCAAACAGGGUCAUGUGAAACUCAAAUAAAGACAGGUCACUGUUAACCAUUUCUGCACUGUUCUUUUAAUUUUCUCAGAUGUUCUUUGUUGUACUUCAGACUUCAGCUUCAUUGCUGGUGGCCUUUCUGUAAGAAAAUGAUGAGCAGAAUUCCUUAAAUGACUACAUAGUAUGUGACAGCCUGUUAUUUAAAACAGACCUAACCUUUUAAUGUCAUUUUUAAGUAUCCAGACCUAUUUGAAUUGUGCAUCUUGAAUUAAGAAUACACUUGUUUGUUCUAGUAUGUCACUAAGCAAUAUGGAUAACCUUAUAUUUUUAUUCAUAAUUAAAAUAUUAAUGAUGAGCUGCACAUGCAACAACAGUGAAAGAAAUGGGAGAUUAUUGUAGAAUAGUAUGAAAAAUCAGAAUAUCAUCACCUAUUGGUCCUGCAGUUUAUAAGUAAACUGUAAUGUGAAUGUUCUGUAGGUAUAGAUGUUCAUGUACGGUUAAUCUCGUUGCUGUCUUUGGCUAUCCUAUAUUGUCAUAUUAAAACUGUCACUGUGUUAUAUAUAAUAAUUUUGUAUGCUACAUAUUUUAUUAAACGAUAUUUUGUAUUUUUAUGAAAAAUAAAA